AUGCAUAUGUGGCAGGCCACUGUUCAGUUCUGCCUAUUGGCAUCCGCUGCUUUGCCUGCAGCUGCAGCGUCAGCUUGGGGCUUUACUGAUGCCACCGUGGCAGUCCAACCUAAGGGUGCCGGAGUUAACAGCGGAUUCAAGGAAUCGCUUUCCGUCUCCAAACCGCUCUCGAAACCCGUCGCGCUUGCUGGUGCCGAUACAUUGCGCGUCACCUUGACUACUCAGGAAGGAAGCUCCGCGAAGCGCCCACACCAAGCUUUCCUUCUGUUGAAGGAUUCCCACACUGGAUUGGAUAUCUCCUACCCCUUCACCGUUAAGGAGAAUGGCAAGUCGCGGCUGGAAUUGACCCAGAAGGACCUCCCGAUUCAAUUCCUGUCUCUCCCUGAGCCCAUUGAUGCUCGUGUGGUCAUUGGUUCCUCUGGGAGCUCUGAGGCAUACGAUUCCUCGAUCUUCCCUCUGUCGAUCGAGCGCAACCCCGAUGUUCCCGUCCCCACCGUUGACGUCGAGAGAUACGGCAAGCUGCCCGAGAUCCACCACAUCUUCAAGGAUGCCGCCACCAGCCCGCCCAUUGUUAUCACUCUGGCCUUCGUGGCCUUAGUCGGCGCUGCUCUCCCGCUUUUGGCCGGUCUGUGGCUCCUCCUCGGUGCUAACGUCAACCACCUGUCAACUGCCUUCAAAUCUGCCCCUCUCCCGCACGCCAUUUUCGUUGGAUCUUUGGUCGCUUUCGAAGGUAUCUUUUUCCUCUACUAUACCUCCUGGAACCUGUUCCAGAUCCUGCCUGCUGCCGCUGCCGUUGGUGCGGUCGCAUUUGUGAGCGGUAGCCGCGCGUUGGGUGAGGUCCAAGGCCGUCGCCUUGCGGGCCUCCGCUAA